AUGUACAAACUAUUGUAUUUACUGCUGAAUGUAAAACACUAAUUCCCCAAUAAAGAAAUUAAAAAAAAAAAAAAGAAAAAGAAAAUGUGCCAGGGAUAAGUUUGUUCCUCAUGUGGUGGGUGAGCUAGAUGUGCCAAAAAUGCCCUGAUUUCCCAGAAACCUUCCACCAAGUAGAUGUCACAUGUUUUGUAGGCUUGUGACUCUAUCGUCACAGGACUCAAGUUCAGAGGGCCGCUUGCUGUAUAUAUGACUGGGCUGCAGUUUCAUUUUGCUCCAGGGCCUGAAGAUUGGCAUCUGGACCUCUUCCAUCUCAAGUCCUUCCCAGGCCAGGCCUCCGAUCAGAGCUCACCUAAGAGUUAGAAAGGCAGGAUGCCUCCCUCUCUGAGGCUAAAAGGAGUUUCUCUGACACAUGAGUUUCAGGCAUAAUGUAGUUUCCUUAAUGGCACAGGAGCUUCUCUGAUAUAGAAACAAACUGAAACUCAGAAGAUGAGGAAAUGGGGCAGAGGGGAAGGAAAGGAGACCAAUCAUCUGAAACUUCAACUUUCAAAGUAAAAGAAAGAAGAUGAAGUCUGACAUGAUCUAUUCUGCCUCUCUAGGCCCCGUCAUGCGUCAGACUGGAGAAGUAAGUCUGGGACCUGUCUGCACCUCUGCGCUUGCUGUGCCAAAACAUUGCCGACAUGGACCUGCUUACCUGAGGAGAUGGGAGACCUGCUAAUUACAGUGGAGAAGUUAAUGUGUCCAGACUCCAUCAGUUUCUGGGAAGUCAUAGGUGAGGAACAUGGGAUCAACUUGGAAGGCAGUUAUGGUGGGGACUCCGCCCUCCAGUUGGAGAGGAUCAGCGUGUACUACAAUGAAGCUCACGGCAAGAAGUAUGUGCCUCGAGCAGUCUUGGUGGACUUGGAACCUGGGACAAUGGAUAGCAUCCGAUCUAGCAAAUUGGGGGCCCUCUUUCAGCCAGACAGUUUUGUCCACGGUACCUCUGGGGCUGGCAACAACUGGGCCAAGGGUCACUACACAGAGGGAGCCGAGUUGCUGGAGAGCGUGCUGGAUGUGGUGAGGCAUGAGAGUGAGAGUUGUGACUGUCUGCAGGGCUUCCAGGUGGUGCACUCACUAGGUGGGGGCACAGGCUCAGGGAUGGGCACACUGCUCAUGAACAAGAUCCGGGAGGAGUACCCUGACCGCAUCAUGAACUCCUUCAGUGUGAUGCCCUCGCCCAAGGUGUCAGACACGGUGGUGGAGCCCUAUAAUGCUGUCCUAUCCCUGCACCAGCUGCUUGAGAAUGCUGAUGCCUGCUUCUGCAUAGACAAUGAGGCCCUCUAUGAUAUUUGCUUCCGUACCCUAAAGCUGACCACACCCAGCUAUGUUGACCUCAACCACCUGGUAUCCCUGACCAUGAGUGGCAUAACCACCUCCUUGCGGUUCCCUGGACAGCUCAAUGCUGACCUGCGCAAGCUGGCUGUGAACAUGGUACCUUUCCCUCGCCUGCACUUCUUCAUGCCUGGCUUUGCCCCACUUACCGCUCAGGGUAGCCAGCAGUACCGGGCCCUCUCUGUGGCAGAGCUCACCCAGCAGAUGUUUGAUGCCCGAAACAUCAUGGCUGCCUGUGACCCCCGGCAUGGCCGCUACCUGACAGUGGCCUGCAUCUUCCGGGGCCAGAUGUCCACCAAGGAAGUGGAUGAACAGUUGCUUGCUGUGCAGACAAGGAAUAGCAGCUGUUUUGUAGAGUGGAUCCCCAAUAAUGUCAAGGUGGCUGUCUGUGACAUCCCUCCCCGGGGGCUGAAUAUGGCGGCCACCUUCAUAGGCAAUAACACAGCCAUUCAAGAGCUCUUCACCAGAGUGUCGGAGCAUUUUUCAGCUAUGUUCAAGAGGAAGGCUUUUGUACACUGGUAUACUGGUGAGGGGAUGGACAUUGGUGAAUUUGUGGAAGCUGAAGGCAAUAUCCAUGAUUUGAUAUCUGAGUACCAACAAUUUCAAGAUGUCCAAGUGGUACUGGAAGAAAAUGAAGAGGCCGUGGGGGAGGCAGAAAUGGAACCAGGAGAUAAGGAACAUUAACCAUGAGCAAAAGCUGUGCUGCAGGGUAUAGUCACUUACAGAACAGCUUCUCUUAAGAUGACUGUUUCCCUGCAGCAGUCCCAAGCCUACUCUGCACUGCAGCACAGAAAACAGCCACACUGUCACCUGUUAUCAGCUUUGACAAGAGACUUUGGUGUUGGGGGUAGGGAAAGGACUAUUAGGCACUGGGGUUUCCUGCUAGCUUCUACUUGAAAAUUUGAUAUUCAAUAUGCACUCUAUUCACCUUUUUAAAAAUAGCAGUGUAUUUACUGUAUGACAUUCCCUUCAUUAAAUGUUUAUUGUGUA